AUGGAGAAAUCGGACAAGAUAGCAACAUCAACGCACGGUAUCACAAGCUACCAGAUGCUGCGGUGGGCAACAGGGAAUGGGAAGUCUGAUCCUUGGAGUCCAGUCUCAAGUAUUGCUGGGUUUCAGCCCGCCGAUAUCACGCUCAGUAUCAAUUACACUGAGGUUCAGAAGGAGAGUACCAAAGCUACAGCUGGCUCAACUACCAGUCAGAAGUAG